CAGAGACCUCAGGGAACAGGCAGGGGGUCAUACUGCUCUAUACAGGGGCCAAUGGGCAGAGACUGCAGAUUUGAAACAAGAGAUGGUCAGAGACUGCAGACAUACUACAGUAGAUGGUCAGAGAGACUGCAGACUUGUAACAGGAAAUGGUCAGAGACUGCAGACAUAAUACACUACUGGAGAUGGUCAGAGACUGCAGUAACAUGCUACAGGAGAUGAUUAGAGACUGCAGGAGAUAUGAAACAGGAGAUGGUCAGAGACUGCAGACAUACUACAGGAGAUGAUUAGAGACUACAGA